AUGGCAGAAUCAUCUUCUUCUUCGGCGACUACACAUGUACCAGCUAGGUCUAUUAGUUUGCCUACAAGACUAGUCCAUCCGAAAGCACAAAGAGUUGAAGAAGAACUGAAAAAGAUUCAAGCUUUAAACUCUUCUUCCUCAGCUUCUUCUCGAAUCCAACUUGGACUUGCCCGGCUCGUCGAGCUCUAUGAAUUUGUCAAUGAACAAGUCAUAUGUUCUCCUCAAGGCCAACAAGCUCUUCGCCUUUCUCACAACGCGAAACUUGUGGAACACGCUCUUGAUGAAUCCAUCUUGUUACUUGAUGUAUCUGACUUCACAAGAGACUUGAUAGGAACAUUCAUGGAACAAAUCCAAGAUCUUCAAUCCGUUCUACGUAGACGUGGAGGAGACCUCUCGAUCAUUCAAUCCGAGAUCCAAGCUUACAUUAGCUUUCAGAAAGAAUUCAAGAAUGAAGCAGCUAGACAACUUAAAUCUCUUGCAAGAACACAAACAAAGAAGAAGUCUUUGGUUGUUAAACGAUCCGGUGGUCUCGAUCAACAUUCUUCUAUGGUCUCCAACAUUUUAAGGCAGUCAAAUGCAUCAACAAUCUCUAUUCUCCAGUCACUCUUGCAGUUUCUUUCUUCUUGUGGUGAAAACCAGAAGAAGAAUGGCGAAAUUCGAUGUGUAGAUAAUUCGAUGAUCCGGUAUUUCUAUCGAAGAAUCAUCGGUAGGAAGAUCGUGAAGGCCAUUGAUGCGCAAACGAUGCUCGGGAAAUUAGCUAUGCUUAAUGUAAGCCUUGAAGCAAUUAAGGAUGAAUUAAGUUACUUAUCGAGACGACUUAUUCAACAUAGAGCUUCUCUUUUGAACAUUGUUACUCAAUGA